UCGACGACGCUAUUCUCGCUCUCUCUCUCUCUCUCUUUAUUUUUUUCGAUCCAGAAGUCGCCAGAGGAUGGCAUCGAGGCGAUUGCGAAUCGUUGCGCUCUUGGCGAUCGUCCUUACGGCGGCUUCCUCCGCAGCUUCUCAAGCGCCGGUCAAUUUACUGCUGGUCGUCGAGGCGCCCGAUGCGGCCAUUCUGCAGAGCCUCAACAACAUCGUCUCGGAAGCCGAGAAAGCCUACGGAGCCAAUCUGAUCGCGCUGGACGUGCAGGUCGUGCAGGUCGAUCGUGAAAACGUCGACGAGAAUUACGAGAAAGUUUGCAAGCAGUUGUACUCGGGCAUAAGCAUGAUACUGGACCUGACCUGGACCGGCUGGGACAAGCUGCGGGAGCUGGCGCGGGACUUUAACAUAAUUUACAAGCGCGCCGACACGACCAUCAGCACCUACGCCCAGGCCAUCGACGACAUAAUGAUGUACAAAAACACGACCGACUGCGCCCUCAUCUUCGAGAACGAAAAGGAGCUGAACGAGACGCUGUACUACCUCAUCGGUAAUUCGAUCAUUAGAUUGGUCGUGAUCGACUAUCUGUCGAGCCAGACGGUCGAGCGCAUCGGCAACAUGAGGCCUCUGCCGUCCUACUACGUCAUUUACGCCUCGACCAAACAGAUGGAGGUACUCUUCAAAACGGCCGUCGAUGGUGGUCUCGUGAGACGCGACAAUACUUGGUACUUGGUUUUCACCGACAACAACUGGCCGGAGUUCUCGUACUUCCAAAGCAAUGCCCAGCUCAAGGUAGCCGUCAACGUUUUCACCAUGAAGGAGGACGUCUGCUGCCACCUCAUUUACUCCAGUUCCCCGUGCAAUUGUCCUCCCGAUUUCAAGAUAUUCGACCACUACUUCAGGCGACUGGUUAAUCUGAUCGUCGAGACCCUCAGCGAGAUGCAGUCGGCCAAUCAGCUGCAGGAGCCGCAGACGGGCCAGUGCAAUUCGAGAAACGCCAGCAGUCCGGGCAACGGCACCAACGUCGAAUUCGACAAGCGUUUGCUAAGCAAAAUCACGAAAAACGACACGUUCGAGUACGAGGAGCAGCGCACGAUGAUCGCGUACAAAGCCGAGAUCGAGAUCAAGGUGCUGAGCCAGGGCCAGCUGGUGCAAAACGGCACGUGGAAUCGCGAGUCGCGCAUCCAGCCGCUGGCGAAUCGCACCCUCCAGGCGGCCCGGCGCUACUUCCGCGUCGGCACGGCCGAGGCCAUACCCUGGACGAUCAAGAAGCGCGACCCGCUGAGCAAGCUGCCCAUGAAGAACCCCGACGGCAGCUACGUCUGGGACGGCUACUGCAUCGAGCUCAUACAGACCCUGGCCAACAUGAUGGACUUUGACUACGACCUCGUGGUGCCGGACGACGGCGAGUUCGGCCAGAAGGUCAACGGCGUCUGGAACGGCCUCGUCGGCGACCUGGCCAAAGGGCAAACGGACAUUGCCGUGGCUGCGUUGACCAUGACUUCGGAGCGCGAGGAGGUCAUCGAUUUCGUCGCCCCGUACUUUGAGCAAUCGGGCAUACUGAUCGUGAUGAGGAAACCCGUGCGCAAAGCGUCCCUCUUCAAGUUCAUGACGGUGCUGCGACUGGAGGUCUGGCUGAGCAUCGUCGGCGCCCUCACCCUCACCGGCAUCAUGAUCUGGCUGCUGGACAAGUACUCGCCGUACAGCGCGCGCAACAACAAGCACAUGUACCCCUACCCCUGCCGAGAGUUCACCCUCAAGGAGAGCUUCUGGUUCGCUCUGACGUCGUUCACGCCGCAGGGCGGGGGCGAGGCACCCAAGGCCCUCUCGAGCCGCACCCUCGUCGCGGCCUACUGGCUCUUCGUCGUUCUCAUGCUGGCCACCUUCACCGCCAAUCUCGCGGCCUUUCUCACCGUCGAGAGAAUGCAGUCUCCGGUGCAGUCGCUCGAACAAUUGGCCAGACAAUCGAGGAUCAAUUACACCGUGCUCGACAACUCGACCAUUCACCAGUACUUUAAGAAUAUGAAGAGCGCCGAGGAGAAGCUCUAUCAAGUUUGGAAGGAAAUAACGCUCAACAGUACGAGCGAUCAGGUCGAGUAUCGCGUUUGGGAUUACCCGAUAAAAGAGCAGUACGGGCACAUUCUUCAAGCGAUAACCCAAGUGGGACCCGUCAAAACCAUAGAGGAUGGCUUUCAAAAGGUGAUCGAGAGCGAAAACGCCGAGUUCGCUUUCAUUCAUGACUCGUCCGAAAUCAAGUACGAAGUCACUCAGAACUGCAAUUUGACCGAAGUCGGCGAGGUCUUCGCCGAGCAGCCCUACGCCAUAGCCGUGCAACAGGGCAGUCAUCUGCAGGAGGAGAUCAGUCGAAGAAUACUGGACUUGCAAAAAGAUCGAUACUUUGAAGCGUUGAGCUCCAAGUAUUGGAAUCAAUCACUCAAGAGCUUGUGCCCGAACGCCGACGACAACGAAGGCAUCACACUCGAAAGCUUGGGUGGUGUCUUCAUCGCUACACUCUUUGGCUUGUCAUUGGCAAUGAUCACGCUGGCCGGCGAAGUCAUUUAUUACAGACGUCGCAACGGCGCGAACUUGGACGACUCGGCGGCAGCGGCACAGCAGCAGCAACAACAGCAGCAACAGCAAAAACAAAUAACGAUGAAGGAAGCCGAGAGUAGCGUCAGCGCCAUGGACCAGAUUAUGAUACAAAAGCUCGCGGCUAAGCUGCAGCUCAAGGCAGCGCCAGCGCCCAUUGCCUUUGGCGACGAGCAGAUCGCGGUAAAGCCGUCCAAGCCCCGAGUCUCGCACAUAUCCGUCUAUCCUAGGCCCUUCCCUUUCAAAGAAUAAAAAUACCGCCUUUUAUCUUUCUCGCGCUUUACAACGAGCACCUUCUUUUCGGAUCCUUUCUUAUUUUUUAUUUGAGAUGACAUUUUCUCACAACUGGCGGCUAAUACCAUUACAAUUACCUACAUAUAUGCGCUAUUAUACGCUUGUACCAAACGUUUCUCGGAUCGUGUAAAAGUUACU